CCGCCGCCUCCUGCGCCCGCCGCCCCGCGCCCCCCGCCGCUCCGCCGCCCUCUGCGCCCCGCGGCGCCCCCCGGUCCCGCCCGCCAUGCCCGGCCCGGCCGCGGGCAGUAGGGCCCGGGUCUACGCCGAGGUGAACAGCCUGAGGAGCCGCGAGUACUGGGACUACGAGGCUCACGUCCCGAGCUGGGGUAAUCAAGAUGAUUACCAACUAGUUCGGAAACUUGGUCGGGGGAAGUAUAGUGAAGUAUUUGAGGCCAUUAACAUCACCAACAAUGAGAGAGUGGUUGUAAAAAUUCUCAAGCCAGUGAAGAAAAAGAAUAAACGUGAGGUUAAGAUUCUGGAGAACCUUCGUGGUGGAACAAAUAUCAUUAAGCUGAUUGAUACUGUAAAGGACCCUGUGUCAAAGACACCAGCUUUGGUAUUUGAAUAUAUCAAUAAUACAGAUUUUAAGCAACUCUACCAGAUCCUGACAGACUUUGAUAUCCGGUUUUAUAUGUAUGAACUACUUAAAGCUCUGGAUUACUGCCACAGCAAGGGAAUCAUGCACAGGGAUGUGAAACCUCACAAUGUCAUGAUAGAUCACCAACAAAAAAAGCUGCGACUGAUAGACUGGGGCCUGGCGGAGUUCUAUCACCCUGCUCAGGAGUACAAUGUUCGUGUAGCUUCGAGGUACUUCAAGGGACCAGAGCUUCUUGUGGACUAUCAGAUGUAUGAUUACAGCUUGGACAUGUGGAGUUUGGGCUGUAUGUUAGCAAGCAUGAUCUUUCGAAAGGAACCCUUCUUCCACGGACAGGACAACUAUGACCAGCUUGUUCGCAUUGCCAAGGUUCUGGGUACAGACGAGCUGUAUGGGUAUCUGAAGAAGUAUCAUAUAGACCUAGAUCCACAUUUCAACGAUAUCCUGGGACAACAUUCACGGAAACGCUGGGAAAACUUUAUCCAUAGUGAAAACAGACACCUUGUUAGCCCUGAGGCCCUAGAUCUUCUGGACAAACUUCUGCGAUAUGACCAUCAACAGAGACUGACUGCCAAAGAAGCCAUGGAGCACCCAUAUUUCUACCCUGUGGUGAAGGAGCAGUCCCAGCCUUGUGCAGAGAACGCUGUGCUUUCCAGUGGCCUCACGGCAGCCCGAUGAAGACUGGAGAGCGACGGGUAAUGCGGCAUUGAUGCUUGCCAAUAAAACCAACCACCAAACACAAAUCUGAAGGAAACUACAGUGUGAUAAAAAGAAAUUCUAAUCAUUCCUUCUAAAGGCAAAGAAGAGUAAAGACCUAAAAGUCUGUCAAAAAGAAACUCCCCAGUACUAGUCUACAGGGAGCUGCCGUUGUGGCAGCGUGACAAUGCACAUAGUUCAGGAUCUGAGGGGCUCUUCCUUUGGAAUGCAUGGGAGAUGAGAAACUCGGAGUUGUUGUACAUUUACCUUCGCUUAACAGGACACCACUAUUGAAUUAACCCGUUCAGUCAACAAGCUCUGAAUAUCUGACUUCCUAUCUAUUCCAUUGUGGUCUGGUUUCCUUUUGUGAGAAUUCAGGCUCAAGUUUUAGCAAAACGUCAGCAGUCUACACUGACACACCAGCCUCAUUUAUGAAAAAGAGAUAUUAAAACAGUGACAGUAUUUUUUUUUAAGCUCUUUUACAAAUUCAUGUUUUAUGUAUUUUUUAUGACAUGAGCUCUCCAGGAAACGUACCCUCAUCCUUGCAGUUUUCCUUUAAGUGUAUUCAUUUGGGAGCAAACUGCAGUCAAUUUCACAGAGUCCUCUGAUGUCAGGAGAUGUCACUUUAAAUCUUGAGAUGCCAUCAGCAGGUCCGUCAGUUUCAUCAAAAGUUCCAUGCUAAGUGGCUAACUUGGAGCUCACGGUAACCUUUGUUAGUUUGCCUAACCACAGUCUUAUUGCUGAUUUUGUUUACCGCCCCCCUCCCCUUUUUUUGGCAGCCCUGUAAGGAAAACUUCACCAUUUCCCAGCACAUCCAUGCAUGUGCAUCUAUUUUUAAUGCAUCUCUCUGAAACAAGGACUUUUUCUUUUUUUGUUUUUGUUUUUAACAACCAUAACUAAAGAUGGAAAGUCAGUUUUCAGGCAGGUCGAGAAGGGAGAAAAUACCCUAUGAGGAUUUAUUCUGGAAAGACUUUUUGGAAAAAAAAAAAAAAAAAACAUGUAUCCCCAUCCUUUUCCCCUCUUUUUAUCCCCAUGACGAUACCAGCUAUAAUCAGGGUAAUAUCCUUCUUAAGCUCUGAUAUGUGAAUGUGAUGGCAAAGAUAAGUCUUGCAUGCAGGUACUGAUGUGUGGGCAAGGCCAUCCGGUAAUGGAGAGGAGAGGAAUGUGCAGGAAUUGGGGAUGAAGUGGAGCUCCUGGAGCCAGUGUUAAAGUUUUGGAUCCACUGUGCCGAAUUCCAUGUUAGCAAAGAAAGCUACGUUUUGUUUAAAAAAAAAAAAAAAAAUAGGGCUGAAUUCAUCUGGGGGACUUGUCACCAACAAGGUUUGCUGACUGUUCCCCUACCCCACAG